AUGGACAUGGGCAGCCACUCCUGCUUUGGGGACUUCCCGCACGACUACCUCCCAGAGGGCGUUAAGUCCAAGCUGAAGACCGCCAAGAUGUCCCGCACGCAGAUGCUGCCCCGCAUCAGCUCCGAUCCAGGGCUAAGCACGUUCCGCAGGACGCAGGGCUUCAGCUGGAACCCGCACCUCCCGCCAGACUCGCCGCCAACUACCGGCUGCCGCCGCCGCGCGGUGGUUCCCACCACCCACUUCCGCAACUUCUACGACCGUGGCGACCUCCCCAUCUCCAUCCUCCAUGGCUCGGUAGGGGGGAAGAUCACCUGGAAGGUGGAUCUCGAGAGGCUCGACUACCAUCACUACUUGCCCAUCUUCUUCGAGGGGCUUCGAGAGAAGGAGGAUCCCUAUCGUUUCCUGGCCGUGACGGGCACCUACGACAUGCUAGCACGGGGGGGCGCUCGCAUUCUUCCCGUGGUUCCACAGCUGAUCGUUCCAGUCAAGGUGGCUUUGAACACGAAGGACCCGACCAUCAUCUGUACCGUCCUAAAGGUGUUGCAGACGUUGGUGCUCAGUGGUGACAUGAUCGGAGAAGCCCUCGUUCCCUAUUACCGCCAGCUCCUGCCGACCUUCGCGCUGUUCAUCGGCAAGAACAAGAAUCUAGGGGACGACCCUGAGCUGCCUUUAGAAGAGGGUGGGGGGAGGGGCACGGUAGGGUUUAGGGUUUAG